GUAGACAUGUAUACAACUCGCGUGACUUUUACAUUUUCUGAAUAUUGAAUUUCGAAAAACCAAACAAAACAUGUUUUCCGGUUAUUUCCCAAAAAAUCCUAGUUUUGAUUUGACGUUUGAAACGAAAGCCUAAAACGUGAUGCCGAAAGUUUUAUAUCACCACACCGACCUUAUGUCGACGUUGCACAUAUUAAUGAGUGGACAGAUCAACAAGUCUACCGAUCCAAAACACGCGAGGUUUGGACCGGGGGUCUACCUGACUGAAAUAAACCAAUAUGCUUCCGUAAAAGAGAUUCUUAUCAAUAAUUACGACGAUGCUGCUUCAAAGAAAAAGAUGGAGAAACUUAUCGAGAAAAGAGGGGAGAGAACUCAAGUAUGCAUCGAGCUGAAAAUAAGCAGCAGGUUGUUUAAAGAAAAUGUGGAGGAGUGCGAUACUAAGCGAAAUGUCUUCUUGUAUAAGGGAGACUUGAUCUUAGCUGACAUGGAUGAUGUCUCAUACCACAUUCGAGAUGAUGAAUAACUGCCUCAGAAGAAAAACCAAUGUACAAUAAUCUUGAAACGUUGACUUUUUACUUAAUUUGUUUUCCCAUUAAGAUCUUCUUUAAACGUAUAUUUACAUUAUCAUUUUCAGAGAAUUUCCUCCUUUGCUUCCCUAUGAUUUGGCUAGAUUUUUGAUCUUCUUAACUAGUGACACAGUAAAUAUAUCUGAAAAAUAAAUAUCUAAAAUCGU